AUGGCUGCAGCUAAGACAAUCACCUGUCCUUUUAUGGCGACCAAGCUACUCUCGCAAGAACGCAUCGACACCUCGCCAGCCGUCAUCAGCGACAACGUCGACGAGAUUCUCAAAGAAUACGACAUCCUCCGCGAAGCAUGUCCCGUAGCCUACACGAACCAGUACGGCGGGUACUGGCUCAUGACCCGCUACGACGACAUCAAGGCCGCCGCUCUCGACUCCGACACCUUCAUCUCCUCCGUGCGCGCCGUCAUACCCUCCGACCCGCGCGGCCUGCGCCGGCCGCCCCUGAACUUCGACGCACCCAACCACACCCCCUACCGCACAGCCCUAGACCGGACCCUUAAACCGGCGCGGAUCAAGCGCCUCGCGGAGCCCCUGGAGCGCCACGCCGAGGAAUUGUUAUUGCCGUUGCUUAAGAAAGGAGAGGGGGACAUAUGCACCGAGUUUGCUGCGCAGUUCGCGGCGUGGGUCGAGACGGAGUGGCUGAACCUGGCACGCGACACGGCGCCGCGGUUGGCGAGCACCGCUUCAGCGUGGGUAAACGCGUGGCGCCAGAGGGAUGGCGAGAAGACGACCCAUUUUAGCACCCAGCUUUACGAUAUUGCGCGGGCUGUCCUGGCAGAUCGGAGAGAGAAUCCGAGAGAUCCAGAGGAAGAUCCUGCGAGUAGUCUGUUGUUGGAGAGGGAUAGCCGUGGGGAGCCGUUGGAAGAGAUUCACCUUGUAGGGUGUAUCCGACAAAGCUUGGUUGUGGGGAUGGUAGCACCACCACUGAUGCUCGGCGGCAUCUGCAACCACCUCUCCAAGAACCAAGAGCUCCAACAGCGUCUCAGGGAUGAUCCGACCUUGAUCCCUGCCGCUAUUGAGGAGUUUGUGAGACUCUUCAGUCCGUACCGAGGUUUCGCUAGGACAGUGUCCAAGGAGACAGUGAUCCACGGCCAAACCAUCAAGCCCGGCAUUCCCAUCACGCUCACUUAUAGCGCGGCAAACCGUGACCCGGCGGUUUUUGAUAGUCCUCACGAGUUUAUUUUGAAUAGACCCAACAUUGCAAUGCAUAUGGGGUUCGGCAGGGGGAGGCAUCGUUGUGUUGGUCAGCCUCUCGCAAAACUACGGCAUUAA